AUGUUUGACACUAACGUUACAAGGAUACAAGAUUUCUUCAUCAUUGGAUUUCCUGGACUUUCAUCUGAGCUUCAUAAACCUGUGUCAGGACUACUUUUUGUGCUUUUCCUGGCUAUAGCUGGAGGAAAUGUUUUCAUUUUAGUGUUUGUUAAAUAUGAAAGGUCGCUUCACAAACCCACAUAUCUGAUCUUUUGCCACCUUGCAUUAACUGACUUAGGGUUUGGGACUGCUACUCUGCCAAAGAUCAUCUCAAAAUAUUGGUUGGAUGACAGCAUUAUUUCAUUUUACGGUUGCUUUGUACAAAUGUACUUUGUUCAUUUCUUAGCAACAGCUCAUUCUUUCAUCCUGAUGGUGAUGGCUCUUGAUCGUUUCAUUGCAGUCUUUGCCCCACUGCGUUACGCAUCUCUUUUCACAAACACCACAGUGUCUGUGCUUUGUGGAGUAUCAUGGUUUAUGCCAGCAUCAUGGAUGAUUGGUAUUGUUUUUGAUGCACUUAUUUUGCCGUUUUGCAAUUCAAACAUAAUUAUACAGUGCUAUUGUGACCAUACUGCAAUAACAGCGCUUGGAUGCGAGAACGUAAGAGAAGUUCAGGUUACUGCGUUAGGUCUUGCCAUGUUCAGUUUGAUGGUGCCUCUGGGUUUUAUUGUAUUCUCAUAUUUUUUCAUCAUAGUUGCUGUUAUGCGUAUUUCCAGCUCGGAGGGCCGCACUAAGUCACUGUCCACCUGCAUGCCACAGCUCAUCAUAACGUUUCUGUUUUAUAUGCCAAGGUGCUUUGUGUAUCUGGCAAAUAAUGUCGGAUUCACUUUCAGUGUUCCAGUUCGCAUUGUGGUUGUAAUGCUGUACAGUCUUUUACCCGCUGCUUUCAACCCAAUCAUAUACUGUUUCAAAACCAAGGAUAUCAAAGAAAACUUGAAAAAGAAAUUAUUCAUUAGGAGAAUUAACAUUAGCACAAAAACGUGAAAAAAAAUUACAAUACAGCAAUGUGCAAUUCAGGAUAUCAAGUUAUGUGCUAACCCUGCUUUAAAUGUGCAACAUCCCUAUGAGCUUUAGAACAAUGUUAAGAUUAAAGGUGAUGCAUGGACACGCUCCUGAUUACAGUUUAUAAUGAACAACAAAACACCCUGAGACCCUCAAGCAGGGGGUCGCGCAAGUAGGGGUGAGUAAGGUCCCAAAUCAAAAGUAUCUCUGUUCCAUAAACAUAUAUAUACCAUCCUAACUGUAAUUUGUGCUUUGUUACCUCUGACAAGGAGGUUACGUGAUUGGUUUGGUUUGUCAGCUUAUCUGUUUGACUGUUUGCAGGAUUAUUAAAAAAUGUGAGGACUGAGAACAUUUAGGCCUUGGACAUGGUGAGGCCUUGGACAUGGUGACAGGUGAUUUCAUUUGCAUGUUUCUCUCUUGCAGACACACACACCUGAAUCCUAAACUCCAGCACACUACAAAACGUUAGUGCUCAUGUACAUUUUGCUCUGACAAGUUCAGA